CCGUGGCGCAAGAUGGCGCUGCCUUUUGCACGGUCGUUGUGGCUGUGCCGCUGGGGAGCCAAACAAUUGGGGGUCGCCGCCGUGGAAGCCCGCCGAGGCAUCAGUUUCAAACUGGAAGAAAAAACCGCCCACAGCAGCCUGGCACUCUUCAAAGGUGACACAGGUGUCAAGUAUGGCAUGGUGGGAUUGGAGCCCACCAAAGUGGCCCUGAAUGUGGAGCGCUUCCGGGAGUGGGCAGUGGUGCUGGCAGACACAGCGGUCACCAGUGGCAGGCACUACUGGGAGGUGACAGUGAAGCGCUCCCAGCAGUUCCGGAUAGGAGUGGCAGAUGUGGACAUGUCCCGGGACAGCUGCAUCGGUGUUGACGAUCGCUCUUGGGUGUUCACCUAUGCCCAGCACAAGUGGCAUACGAUGUUGGCCAAGGAGAAAGCCCCUGUUGAGGGCAUCGGGCAGCCAGAGAAGGUGGGGCUGCUGCUGGAGUAUGAGGCUCAGAAGCUGAGCCUGGUGGAUGUGAGCCGGGUGGCUGUGGUCCACACGCUACAGACAGAUUUCCGGGGUCCGGUGGUGCCUGCCUUUGCCCUGUGGGAUGGAGAGCUGCUGACCCACUCUGGGCUUGAAGUGCCUGAGGGCCUCUAGUUAUGUCCAUCACUGGAGUCCCUAAUCAUGCCUUUGGCCAGCCUUCUGCUGAAAGUGUCUGAAUCUUUUUAACUUUGCCCCAAACAGCCUCUAGCUCCCACAA